AUGUCGAAAGUCGCGUCCCGCAAUGGCGGCCAGGUGCGCCAGGGCGAAGCUGGCGGUGCGUCUCCUCUGUCCAAGUCUCUCUACAGCUUGACCUUGAAGCCCGAGCCUCGUCCCCCUACUGAUGCUGCCUCAGACGUCUGCCCAGUAUGCAAAUCGUCGCGCUACCUCAAUCCGAACAUGAAGUUCCUCGUCAACCCCGAGUGCUACCACAAGAUGUGUGAGUCGUGCGUGGACCGCAUCUUCAGCCACGGCCCUGCGCCUUGCCCGAUCGCCGGCUGCGCCAGGACGCUCAGGAAGGGCAAGUUCCGGGAGGCGACGUUUGAGGACCUGAAGGUGGAGAGGGAGGUGGACAUUCGGCGGCGGGUGGCCUCCAUCAUGAACAAGGAGGAGAGCGACUUCGAGACGCUCAAGGACUACAACGACUACCUCGAGCAGGUCGAGGAGAUCACCUGGAACCUCAUCCUCAAGAUCGACGUCGACGAGACGAACCACCGACUGCAGAGAUGGGCUGAUGCACAAGCCGCCGAGACAGGCGCCACGCGACGCACCUACGAGCCGGACCCGUCGCUGCCGAGUGCUUCGGGCGUGGUGCUGAAGAAGGGCGGCACGCAGAGGAGGGCGCUCGACGCUCCCGCAGGGAACAACACCGACAGCAACAACACCAACAACAUCAAGGACAAGGGCUUUAGCUUCCACGGGCUGAAGAAGAAGGUUGUGCCGCCGCCAGAAGCGCCGUUCGAUGCCUUUGACGGCUGGAGCAUAGCACCGCAGUACUACACGCUGCAGAGCGACUACAGCGCCGACUGGCUCACGCAACACAAGAACGACGUCAAGCAGCUGGUGGGAGGCUACCAGUGGGGCGACUUCUACAAUCGCGCGCUGCAAGAUGCGUUUGGUGGUCUGGCUGUUUUUGUAGACGACGAGAUCAGAGCGCGAGAGAUUCCGACCAUGGACGCAGCCAUUGGCACGCAACAGGCGGCCACGGCUGCAGCGGGAGGGGCGGACGUGAACAUGGACGACGUUUUCUGA